UCAAGACAUAUCUUCAGGAAUUUGGCUAUAUGAACUACUCCCCUAAUCAAACCCGUGCCAACGACGAUGAUUUUGACGAUUCCUUGGAAGCCGCCGUCAAAACAUACCAGCUCAAUUACCAUCUAAAGACUACCGGAACUUUAGAUGCCCAAACGGUGUCCCAAAAAAUGGCCCCUCGAUGCGGGUUCCGUCACAUCAUAAGGGCACAAACUGGAUGCGAGCGGGCAAAAAUGAGGCCAGUCACACCCAGAACGCUAUCCACACUGUGUCUUAUUUCUCUUUCUUUCCCAGACGCCAAAUCUGCUGUGGCUAGAGCAUUCAACACAUGGACUUCCCAAACUCAAUUUAGAUUCUUUCAGAGUGAAGACUUAGCGAGUGCGGAUCUUAAAAUCGGGUUCUACCGUGGUGACCAUGGGGAUGGGUAUCCAUUCUUUGGGCAAAAUGGUGUUAUGGCCCAUUCUCUCACCCCAACUGAUGGAAGGUUUCACUACAACGCAGACUAUUCGUUCUCCAUGAACCCGGUCGCGGGCUCGUUUCAUCUAGAGACUGUGGCCUUGCAUGAAAUUGGGCACCUUCUUGGACUUGGACAUAGCAGUGUCGAAGCUGCUAUCAUGUGGUCUUCCAUUCCUGUAGCAACAGUCAAAGGUCUGCAUGCCGAUGAUAUACAAGGAAUUAAUACUUUGUACGAUCUUGAGCCUGUUAGAAUUAGUUCUUUUGUCUUUCAGCGUACUGUUUGAUGAACUCAAGUUAACUAAUUUUGAGAAAGC